CUAAAUUUUAAUGGAUUCCACUAGUAGUAGUGUUGCUCUUUGCUUCGCCAUUAUUUUAGCAGCAACGACGAAUUGUACCGCCGCCUACGACGGAGAAUUGAAGGCAUUGGUUGCGAGCGGUUGGUGGCCAAAAAAUAACGCGUCCGACGAUUAUUGCAAGUGGAAUGGCAUAACUUGUGACGAUGCGGGCCAUGUUGCGGAGAUAUACAUGCAUGGAUAUUACGGCGAUCAUACGCUUGAGGAGUUGGAUCUACUUGCUCUUCGACAAAUUGCUAGACUCGAUCUCGGGGGAUUGAGGUUCUUUGGCGGCAUCCCCCCACAAAUUGGUGCUCUAUCCAAACUAACUUAUCUCAAUUUGUCCUGUAAUCGUCUCACAGGCGAUUUGCCUCUUUCACUGGCGAAUCUCAACAAAUUAGAGUCGCUCGACAUUUCUCGUAACCAUAUCGUUGGUGCCAUCCCACCUGGAAUCGGAAAUCUUACGAGCUUGGUUACUCUUGAUUUGAGCCGCAAUUACAAUCUCCAAGGUAAUCUGCCUCUUUCACUAGCAAAUCUCACCAAAUUAGAGUCGCUCGACAUUUCUAAUAACCGUAUCGGUGGUGCCAUUCCACCCGAAAUAGGAGAUCUUACGAGCUUGGUUUCUCUUGAUUUGAGCAACAACUUUUUUAUCAACGGCUCUUUGCCUUUUACAUUGGGCCGAUUAACGAGAUUGAAAUCUUUACAGUUAAGCGGUAACAAUUUGGAAGGUAAUUUUCCAAUCUCACUCACAAAUCUCACCAAAUUAGAGACGCUCGACAUUUCUCAUAACUCCAUCCGCGGUGCCAUCCCAGCGUCAAUAGGAGAUCUUACGAGCUUGGUUUCUCUUGAUUUGAGCAAUAACCAACUUGAAGGUAUUCUGCCUCUUUCACUCUCAAAUCUCACUCAACUAGAGUCGAUCGACGUUUCGUAUAACUAUAUUAAUGGCUCUUUGCCUCUUACCAUGGUCGGGCUAGCAAGAUUGAGAUCUUUUCAGUUGAGCAAUAACCGUCUCGACGGUUUUUUUGGCGCGAGGAUUGUGGAGCUUCCUUCAAUCGAGACGAUCGACGUAAGUAGAAACUCCAUUUAUGAACAAAUACCCGUUGGGUUCGGAUAUCGUGUUAGUAAGUAUAUAUCGAUUGUCGACCUUUCCUACAACAAUCUAUACGGUGGAGUCCCGGAAUCUAUUUCUUUUCUAUAUGGAAUAAAUGUAUCAUAUAAUAAUUUACAAGGUCCAAUUCCAUACAGAGUUUGGGAGAGGUUAGGAGAAAACAAUUUUCUUGGUAACCACCAAUUAGUUAUCCCUCAUUAUUCCACAAUCCCUAUUGAUCAUUAUUCCACAACCCCCAGAUAUCAUUCCUACAAAAAAGUUUUACUUCCACUUGCUAUAUUCUUCAUCUGCUUAUUUUUUUCCGGAUUAUUCCGAUUCAUUUACCACGUUAAGGGAAAGAAGACAACCCCAGUGAAGCCCGAUCUGAAUCACGGAGACAUUUUCAAAAUAUGGAAUUAUGACGGUAAGAUCGCAUACGAAGACAUCAUCGAAGCAACACAAGAUUUCGACUUUACACACUGCAUCGGAACCGGAGGCUACGGCAGUGUCUACAGAGCACAAUUACCAACGGGAAAAGUCGUUGCGGUAAAAAAGCUCCACAGAUUCGAAGGUGAGAAUCCAACUUUCGACGCGUGUUUUAAGAAUGAGGCCAAAGUUCUGUCCGAAAUACGACACCGGAACAUAGUGAAGCUUUUCGGGUUUUGCCUACACAAGCGCUGCAUGUUUCUCAUCUACGAGUACAUGGAAAUGGGCAGCCUAUUUUACGUCUUGAGGGACUCAAACGAAGCAGUGGAUUUAAAUUGGGCAAAGAGAGUAAAUAUCGUGGAGGGAAUUGCACGCGCUCUUUCUUACAUGCAUCACCAUUGUAGCCCACCAAUUUUGCAUAGGGACAUCUCCACAAGCAACGUACUUCUCAAUUCGAAGCUCGAAGCUUUUGUGUCUGAUUUCGGCACCGCUAGGUUGUUGGAUCCCGAUUCUUCCAAUCAUACUCUAAUUGCGGGCACUCACGGCUACAUUGCACCUGAAUUGGCAUAUACCAUGGCUGUUACGGAAAAAUGCGAUGUCUACAGCUUCGGAGUGGUGGCGCUGGAAACCAUGUUUGGAAGUCAUCCGGGGGAAUUUCUUACAUCCGUGUUCGUGUCCGAAAGAAAUUCCGAAAACUUAAUGCUCCAAGACUUGUUGGAUAAGAGGCUACCGUCUCCCGAUGACGAAGAUCUAAAAGCGGCAAGAGAUGUGGUUCGUGUAGUGAGAAUAGCACUAACAUGUGUUAGUUCAGACCCAAAGUCUCGACCGUCGAUGAGUCGAGUUUGUGACGAACUUGAUGUUCGCGGACCACCACUUCCAAUGCCUUUACGCAGCGUAUCUAUCUCGCACCUCAUGCAUAUGUAAUGAGUUAUUA